CCUAAGUAGGUAUAUAACUAGGCAAGAAUCCGAGAGAUAAAAUAAGAAAUUGGUGAUUGGGUAUUCUUCAAACAGGACAAAACUGAAAAUGGCACCGAAUAUCAAAGCCUUUGGAGAUCUUUAUUACGUGGCUGGGUCUUAUGAGCCCGGAAGUAACUCCGGCCCUCUCGAUGACAAAGGCUUUCUGUCCACGACCUUUGCGUAUUACGACGAUGAGGACAACGCAUAUUUUGGAAAAAGUCUAAAGCACAAGCGUUUUAUGACUCUCCAGGAUUUCUCGUCCGCACUCAGCCUGGUCCCCGCUGAAGACAUCUGCCCUCUUUUGCCUGAAGUUGAACCGCUCUUAACCGUGGCCCCUGAUCAUCUCAAUCUUACCCCUGCAGCAGAGCUGAAGGGAACAUACUACAUAAAACGACCGCAGGUCGACUCUUACGAUUGGUAUGUCGAAAAGGACAUCGUUUUUGCCAUACCGCAGGAGUUACUCGAAGAAGCAAUUACGCUACAGCACAUUACCAAUCACGAACAACACAAGAACAUCGUCAAGUAUCAUGGCUGCCGCGUCCGUAACGGUCGAGUCACAGGUUUAGUCUUUGAUUUCUACAAAGACUCACUAAUUUAUGCGGUCAAAGAGAACAAGCCACUCGAUAAAGAGCGCAUUAUCAAUGGACUAGACUCUGCCAUCCGUCAUCUCCAUUCAAUCGGCCUAGCACACAAUGAUAUCAACCCAUUCAACAUCAUGGUGGACGAGACGAGCGGAGAGCCGAUAUUGAUUGACUUUGGCUCCACUCAGAAGAUAGGGGCGCAAAUGACAACAAGCCGUGGGACACCUGGCUGGAUGGAAGAUGGAGACGAUUACGAGAUAUCAAAGGAGAGCCAUGAUCUAUUUGCGCUGGACAAGAUUCGUUUGUGGUUGGAUAAGCCAAAUUUUGAUGAAACCAAGGGUUGAAGAAUAACGCUCACACGGCUUUGAGAUGCCGGUGGAACUUUAUGGUAUACCUAAUUAGCUGGAUUUGAACAGAUGAUAUGAAGGGGUUUUAUUUUGCUUAAGGACUAGAUGACAAUAAGGAGGCGGCU